AUGGACGAGCCCAAGCCCACGGUAUCGCCGCCGUCGCCGUCGACAAGAGUGGACCCGGAAGCGGCCCAGGAGGCCGAGCCUGGGUCAGCUGUUCCACCCUCCUUGCCGCCGCCGCCGCCGCCGCCACGCAAAGUCGCCCAGGCGAAAUGGGCCCUCCUGGCCAUGGCCUUCUUCAUGGCCGACGUCGGCAACGCCAUCGGCCCCUUUCUCGGCGUCUUCCUGCAGGGGCACGGCUGGGCCCCGGGGCUCAUCGGCUCCGUCAUGACGGCCGGCGGCGUCGCGACCCUCGUCGCGUCCGCCCCCAUCGGCGCCCUCAUCGACGCCACCAACCACAAGCGCGCCCUGGCCGUCGGCGGCACCGCCGUCGCGUCGGCGGCGCUGGUCGCGACGCUGCUGGGGCCGCGCUUGCCGCCGCUCACCUUCUCGGCCCAGGUCGUCGGCCAGGUGGCCGGCAGCCUGUUGAUGCCGUCGCUGGUGGCAAUGACGCUGGGCGUGGCGGGCGGCGGCGCCGACGGGUUCGCGCGCCUCAAUGGUCGCAACCAGGCCGCCAACCACGCGGGCAACAUGGCGGGCGCGGGGCUGUCGGCGCUGCUCGGCCAGCGCUACGGCUUGCCCGCCGUCUUCUACCUGUCCUGGGGCUUCGCAGCCGCCACCGUCGCCGCCGCGCUGUGCGUGCCCCGCGGCGCGGGCAAUUUGACGGUUGCCCCCGGAGGGCCGUGCAGGCGUCAAAUUAGCGGAGCGGCACCUGAUUUUAUCAGACAACACCUCGCUCUCGUGGACGUAGUUAACGAUAUUCAGGGCGGGAGCCUGAUUUCCCUUGACGCCGAGGGCGUCCUUGAGGGACGCGAUGAUCAUGUCGCUCAGGGGUCCUUGCCCUCGAUACGUAUUCGGGUGGCCCAGCCGCUGUCCGGGUUAUAA